UUGAAAGCGGACUACGAGUGUACUCUGACAUUGGCGAUAGACGGGCCCGCCGCAUCCGGCAAGUCCGUCGUCGGCAGAGAGGUCGCGCGCAGGCUCGGCAUUCGCUUCCUCGAUACCGGCGCGAUGUAUCGGGCCAUUACAUUGGCAUCGAUUCAACAAGGUGUCGCCGCGGAUGAUGCGUGUAAACUGUCCUCGUUGGCGGCAUGCGCCGAUAUGCGACUCGUAACGCAUUCGAAUGGCGACAGAUUAUUGCUGAACGGCGACGACAUUACUCCCCGUCUCAGGCUCGCGGAAGUAGAUGCAAGCGUAUCAGCCGUCUCCGCCGUUAGCGGUGUGCGCACGGCGCUCGUGGCGCAGCAGCGCGCCAUAGCCUCUGAUGGCUCAAUCGUGAUGUGCGGACGCGACAUCGGCACGGUCGUACUACCGGACGCCAGCGUCAAGGUCUUCCUGACGGCAUCGGCAGAAGUGCGCGCUGCAAGACGCGCCGCCGAAAUGCAGCAGCGCCAGGAGACUUUCGACACUCGACAAGUCUUGGCAGCGCUGCAACGCCGUGACAAAAUUGACAGAGAGCGCGACGACUCCCCGCUACGCCCCGCCGCCGACGCGCUCGUAAUCUGCAGCGACCACCUGACGAUCGAAGAAGUGGUGUGUCAGAUUCUCGCUGAGGUGUCGCAAUGCUGA